AAACUCAAAUCUCUCAAAGAAGUCAAAUGUGGGCGUCCUUGGAUCCUUAUUUGAGCUUUAUGUACGUAUUAUGAAAGAAAAAUUCUAAGGAUUUAACGCUUCGUUUUCACCAUGGAAGACACAAUUAUGGAAGUGAAUCUUUGUCCAUUUAGUAAUUUUGGGCAAGCCUCUUGUUCUGUCCACACUGGCAGUGAAGAUGCAUCGUUUUCCAAGAUUGAAAAUCAAGCUAUUGUACGCCUAGAGCACUCAGUUACUGUUGUUUGCCCUGAAAAUGGAGAAAUUCAAUAUACUACUACCAUUCCUGAUAAAAACAUUGGACACAGUGGACAGAUGCUCAGCAAAACAUCUUUAACAGUUGACCAUAACGUUAAUAAAUUUGAAUUUAGAACGAGAAAUAAUAUUUUACCAAUGGUUCAUAAAUCACUUCUCCAAAAGCAUACUGUUGAUUAUAGAACAGGACUUGAUGAUAUUGCUGAUAGGUCAAGGGUUCUGUUACCCGGAAGGGGUGCUAUUGCAACAUCAGGAAAGCUUGUUCAUGAGGUUGAAUCAUCUAGAAGCAGAAAGAGAAAGAACACUGACAGAUUGGAUCCUGAAACUGAAGAUGGAAAGAAACCAAGGAAGAAUAAACAAUGGACUGAGACAAGUAUGCAGAGGGCAAUGACAGCCGUCCGCAAUGGCAUGCGUGUAAGGAGAGCAGCCAAGGAGUUUGCAGUACCACGUACUACACUGAAGUACAAAUUGAAUGGCAGAACACCACUGUCACAUAAUGCAGACUCAUCAACAAAUAAGCUGAAGGAAAAGAUCCCUGACAUGACAAAGGAAUAUGUGGAGGCAAAAAAGGCAAAGAGAGAAAGUCCCCCACCUCAAGGAAAACAGUUGAAGGACCAAAUCAGCUUAGAUGCAGGACAGAAAAGUGCAGGAACCAAUAAAUCUUCUGUGGUGUCUUGUGAAGAGAGUAAAAUCGAGUCAUCAAGUUUUGAUAUACCUGUACAGCAUACAAGAAGUUUAAGGUCAAAUUCACAUACCUUUGAGAAAAAAGUUGCUAUACCGCUGGAAAAAGUAGCGGAAAGGACCAAGAAAUCCAUUCAUCAACAAGUAAAUAAAUGUGCCAAAGAAACAAAUACUUCUGAUUUGAAACAGAAAAAUAGCAAGACAAAUCAGUUUGUCUGUCAUAAGGAUUUGAAAAGUAGGAAUGAACAAAAGGUUAGCAAAGAAGAAGGGAUGAAAUAUGAAGGGAAAAAAUGUUUCAAACUAUGGUCAGAAGAGAUGAUGAAGAAAGCUAUUCAUGCAGUCCAAAAUGGCUCCAAAAUAAGAGAGGCUGCUAACAAGUUUGGAAUCCCACGGUCAACCCUUGGAAGAAGAUUAUCUGUUGCUGCUUUUGAGAAAAGCUAUUCUUUGUCCAAAAGUGAUCUUCAAGCAAAUGUUUCAGGGGCACAGUUGGUGGGGGUUCGACAAUCACCAAGAAGACAGAAAACAUCACCAGUGCAAGACACAGCUCAAAAAGAUCCAGCAAUGCAACCCUCUGGUGAUAAAAAGGUGUUGGAUACAACAAGAGAAAACAAAAGUGUAGAAGAAGCUGUCAAUGUAAAUACUCCAGCAGAAGACAAAGAUGAUGCAGCCAAAACUAAGGGUGGUAGACAUAAGACAAAGGCUUGGUCUGAAGAAACCAUGGAGAAAGCAUUAGAAGCUGUUGAACAGGGAAUGUCUUUUUGUUCAGCUGCAAAAAGGUUCAACUUACCUACAGCAAGUCUGACAUCAAGAAAGUAUAAACGAGAUAGAAUAAACACUAGGAAUGCAGGUCCAAAGCCUCAUAUCAAUCCAGAAGAUGAGGAUCAAAUUGUCAAGUAUGUGAAUGACUGUGCAAUGAUUGGGAUUGUAAAUAUAAAACAAGUUGGUUUAUUACUCACUGCUGAGGCAGCUGAAAAGAGAUUCAUCUGGGACAUUAAGAAGCAAGGCUUACCAUCUGAUGAUUGGUGGAAUGCCUUUUGUUCUAGAAGAGGAAGUCAAUUCAAAAAUGUUGACAUGAUGCAACCACAUCAAAGAAUCAAGUUAACAGAAGCAAAGCUGAGUCUAUUUUAUGACAAACUUUCUGCUAUCAAGAAUAGUAGCAAGAAUCACAAGGCUCUUGUCAACUGUAGUGACUGCAGAACAUUCACAGUCCAAGAGUUCAAGUAUGAUCUUGAUACAGUUACACACUGGGUCAGCCAUGGUGAAGAUACCUUUGCAUGUAGAAGACCCGAGCAUGAUCCUGAAAAUAAGUUAGUUUCUGCCAUUGUCUGCGCAAGUGCCGCAGGUAACAGUAUUCCACCAAUGUUUGUUUACCACACUGAUGACAACUACAAGAUUCCAGCUACUGGUUUAGUUGGGCCAUUUGGUGCUGUGCAUUUUGUACAUGAUGUACAUGAUUUGACAAGGAAGAGUGACUUUUAUUUCAAAUGGUUUGAGGAAGUAUUUCUUAAAAAUGUUCCAAAAAGUCGACCUUUGAUUUUGCUUUUUGAUCCAGACACAGCUUUUAUUACACCAGAAUUCAUCCAACUUGCCCAGAAGAAUGAAAUCAUCCUUCUUGGUCUGCCACCAUUAUCUGCUCACAUCACACAGCCACUGAACAGGACAGUUUUGCCAGCACUAAAGGAAGGCUUUACUUUCACUUCAUCUUUGUUUAAAAGAAUAUUUGUGAAGGGAGUUAACUUCAAUAACUUUGCUCGUUGCUUCAAAGCGGCCUGGAAUUCAUCUGUUGAUGCGGCGAUAAUAAAGACUGGAUUUGCAGAAGCAGGAAUUCAUCCUAUCGACAGAAACAUUAUUCUCAAGUCCAAGGCAUUAUAAAUGCUAAGAGAAACACUCGAACCCGCAACCCUUAAUGAACAAUCAUCAAACAUGAUUUUAUUGUAAACUGUUGGCAUUUAAAAUUUCAUUCUGUGUAUAUUUUUUCACAAUAUAAAUAUUUAUUUAUAUACAUUCCUUGCAUUUUUUAUUAUUAAAUGGUUUUAACAGCAAGUCAGCCAUCUCAGCUUAUUGUUGUUUACAAUUUAAUGACAACACCAUGUGUAGAUUGUAAAGUGCCCUAUUCCAUAUAGAUAUCAUAAAAGGCACUUACUUUACAGGAAAAAAAACUGGAU